CUGCUACAUUAUGUCCGGAGACAGCGACUGCACCAGGACAAGUCCAUCAGCGGGGACUCCAUCGGACAACGAGUUCUUGCCAGGUCGGCCAAAGUAUGUUUGCUCGCUGUCUCCUGAGCUCAUUACCAAAGCCCGGGAAGAGCUCCAAGAGAAACCUGAAUGGAGGCUCCGUGAUGUGCAGGCACUCCGAGAUAUGGUGUGCAAAGACUAUCCCUCCCUGGGGACCUGCCUGGACGAUGCUUUUUUGCUAAGAUUCCUCAGAGCCAGGAAAUUUGAUUAUGAUAGAGCACUUCAGCUUCUGGUGAACUACCACACCUGUAGGAGGAGCUGGCCUGAGGUCUUCAAUAACUUGAAGCCGUCCGCAAUAAAGCCUGUCCUAGAGUCUGGUUUUGUCACUGUGCUGCCUCGUCUGGACCCAGAGGGACGCCAUGUCGUCUGCAUCCGUCCAGACAGAUGGACACCCAGUAAUUAUCCGAUUACUGAGAACAUUCGUGCCAUAUACUUAACGUUAGAAAAACUCAUUCAGUCCGAAGAGACCCAGGUGAAUGGAAUUGUAAUCCUGGCAGACUACAAAGGAGUCAGCUUAUCUAAGGCGUCUCAUUUUGGUCCUUUUGUAGCCAAAAAAGUGAUUGGAAUUCUUCAGGAUGGAUUCCCCAUUCGAAUAAAAGCUGUUAACAUAAUAAAUGAGCCUCGUAUAUUCAAAGGCAUUUUUGCAAUCAUCAAGCCUUUUCUGAAGGAAAAGAUAGCAAACCGGUUUUUUCUCCAUGGCUGUGAUCUCAAUUCCCUUCAUCAAAACAUUCCUCCAGUGAUCCUUCCUGAAGAGUAUGGUGGUACUUCAGGGAAGCUGGACAUCUCCGCAUGGAAUGAGCUGCUGCUAGCCUCUGAAGAGGACUUUCUGCAUGAUUUCUCACAGCUGGUUCUCCCGUGUGACAGCUCUCCCCAUGACAUGCUAGUCUUUGUCUAGAGACAGAACUAAGACUCCGAUGUCAAAUCAGGACUAAUUCAGUUCUUUGUGCCACCUAGCAAGACAGUAGCACACAGCACCAGGACUUAGAAAGGUAAGUGGCUGCCCAUGCUGUUUAACUGCCGGAACGUAGAGACUGGUGUUUAUGUUGUUUUAGUGCCUCUUAAUUCCAGCCACAAUGUACAAUUUAAAAAAAAAAAGUAGGAUGGACCAUUUUUCCUAGAGGUGAAGGCAUGACUGGUAUUUGAUACUCUUUCCUUAGUUGUGCUGCAGGGUUUGCAGUGGUGGUAUUUUGAUAGUUAACCUGUAAGAACAGCUACUUUGAUCCCCUUAUGUAACUACUAGAGAGGGAGGUUGAAUAGUCAAAAUUCAAUUCAGUGUCCUUCAAAUAAAAAAAAAAAUCUAGUGGUGUUCAGCAGAAGGCUGAGGAACCUCUACAGAAACCAAACCCUUUUCAGGCUUUUGUAUUCUCUUGCAUGCCUUAAAUAGUAGGCAAACUAGAUCCAUCUCUCCCUCCCCUUUUCUCCUCUCCUCACAGAGAAACUAAGAAUAAAGCAUAUGAUUUAAACAUAAUAAUAAGGCUACAUUAUCAAUGCUGAAAAUAGCCCGUGUUAUGCCUCCAGAAAUUCUUUUUCCUAAAGCUGGCUGCUGGGCAGUUGUCAGGAUGCUUGAACUAAGCCAGGCUUACUUUUGUCAAGCAUCUAACUGUUACUCCUAAUUUGCUCUUUCUUGGCUUUAGAACUGAGACAGAGAGAGUUGCAACUUUAUUGAGCUGUAUCUCUACCCUUUUUUUAGGUUUGUAACCAGCGCUUGGCUUGUCUUAUAGAAAGCACGGCUGUCUUAUAUGCGCCUGACUACUGAGCUGAGAAUGCUCUUUCAGCUUUAGCGCUUACUAGCAAAGAAAUCAGUUUGUUCCCAAGAUUUCUCAUGUCAGCAUCUGAAAAAUAAACACUCGUUUUAAGUAUAGAGUCUCCUUAUCUGCAAAAUAAGAGAUAGGAAAAGCUUACAGGGAGUUUUUUGUUUGUUUUUUUUUUUUUUCAUAGCACUGAAACUGAUCUGUGCUUUUUUCCACUUGAAAUAACUUUGUUUCCAGAGGUUAUAUGCCUUGCCCAGUACAUAAGCCAUCCCUGCCAAAUCCAACACAUAAUAAGGAAAGAUACUUGAACUGCAUUGGGCAGCCAUGGCUUUUGGCAUUAAGCGGGACAAAAGGUAGCUGCAUACUGUACAUAAAAGUACUUGAAUUUAUACUCUUGCAAAUGGGUGUUACAAACCCUGAGGUAUUUUCAGGAACUGGGUGAAGUAUUUUUUUGUUAAAUCUCACUUUGGCAUGAGUUAAUCAUAGUGUUAUUCAAACUAAUAAUUUUGCCUUCUGUUGUAUGUGGGCCUAGAGGUGUUGGGUGGUUAAGUGUACAUCUUAUUUUGACAAAAUUUAUUUUUAUAUUGCAUUUUAUAAAAUGGAGUGGUCAAAAUGUGUAAUUUUAUGAUGCAUGACUAGGUGAUUAAACACACUGUAACA